AUGAUUGUUCUAAAGGUUGCAACCGUUUUCUUUCUGGCCCUUACCGUGGGAGCCGAGAAAAAAAUCGAGUUACAAGACAUCGAGGAAGAUAAUUUAAAAAGUGAAAAAGAAAGCGUUAUACAUAAAUCUGAUCAAGGUUCACAAAAUAGUGGUUCAGGAACUGGACCAGGAUUGGUUCCGUUUGAUUUAGUGAAGAAUAAUCUUCUGAGAUAUUUCGGUCAUCAACCUCCUCCGCCUCAGCAGAGGUAUGUCCAUCAGUACGCUGUUACUGAGACUCCAGAAAGGUCGUCUACAGCAAGAACCGUACAGUAUUCACCGCCAACAGCACCUCAACAAGCGAUGGUAGGAUACUUGUCUAAUUUCCCGAUGCAGGUGUAUUUAAUCCCACAAUAUUAUUUCGAUCAUACUUUAAAUAACCGCCCGCAAAUCAAUCAGCAAUCGCAUUCUCAAUAUCAGCCUCAAGGUGAAACGAGAGUGGCACCUUAUCAGACUGCCCCUUCAAACGCGAUUCAAACACAAAGUAAUUAUAUUGAAGUACCUGCAUAUGUGGCACCAACAGGUAAGACGUACGUUCCGCAAUAUACUUCUCCCGUAUAUGUCGGUUAUCAAGCACAGCCUACAGCCUCUCCAACUCAAGCUACAGUUACUCCUGUUGAGACAUAUCAAGUACCAGUUAUAGAAUAUACACCUAAAGUAGUACAGCCUACCAAUGCUCCUACAUCGUACUAUCAUAAUCCACAUUAUAAUGAUAAUAAUUCAGUAGAUGAUGAGCAAGUCCAUGAAGACGGGCAGAGGCAAUACAACAUAGAAACAGAAAUCCCGUUACAUAAACAAAUGCCAGAAUUUCCUCGGCACUACAAUUCUCGGGUUCCAAUAAGGGAAGAUUAUAGACCAUUACACUCUAAUACUAUUACAGAAUUACCACAUCCAAAUCCAGUAUUAUUAAGAGGGUCUCCCUCACAUUUGGCUCAUAUACCGAAAGCCUUGCCAGUGUAUCGACCAUUGACAAAGCCUGUAUAUCAAGGUGGGCUCGGUCAAGUCUCAAGUACGAUCUCUCAACGUCCACAUGAUGUUUACGGGCCUCCACCUUUUAAAAGACGUCCUACCUCUCUGAUAGAUUCUUACAUACCGUCUAAGGUUCAAAUUGAAUAUCUAAAAAGAGGUUUAGUGAAGGAACCCUCAGCGGUUUACGAUGCGCUUGCUAGUGGUCGUUUACCCCAUCUAAUUCCACGCAACUACGAACGAGGUUUUCUGCCAAACCAGAUGUAUCAUACAGGUGCUGGUGCUGUUACAUAUGGACAUUAUAAAAGGACACCCAAAGUUGACAAAGUCCAACAAUAA